CACCGGGGGUGGCAGCGGAGGUUUUGUGUUUUUAUUAUUUCAUUGGAUGCCGCAAAGCCAGAACGUUCCGCGGGAGCCGCUGCGCAUCGACACAAUCCAACCGAGCCGGCGAGGCCGGCGAGAAGGAGGGAGGCAGGGAGGUAGGUAGGGCGACAGGAGGUGCAAGACACGAAGGGCAGCAUCGCAUCCGCUCGAGCACACAAAGAAGCUCGCGAUCGUCUCCGGGUAUUCGCGUCUUCGGAGGGCGGCGUAGCCCACCGCCGACCCCCACCCUCGAGCAGGCGUGGCGUCUAGCGCACGCCUACGCUGCUUUCUAGCGUCUACGCAUUCUUCACGGCCAGCGUAACGCCAAGCCCAGGCUGCUGUGCUGCUGCUGCUGCCGAUGCUGCAGCAGCAGCGUCUGUAAAUGCGUUCCGCGACGCACCUUCUCCCCAGGUCUGUGUGCGAAGCAUGGUCCUAACUCCACUUUUGUCCGAGUCUAAGCUGUACAAUGCGCUCGAGAAGGAGAGCAGCACACCCUCACACCAGAAGCUCACCAAGAAGGAGACCCUCAAAGUGCAAAAGAAAAACUACAGGCAGGAGAAGAAGAGGGCCACCAAAGAGAUGCUCAGCACACUCAAAGACCCAGCGGUGGUCAUUCUCUCCGACUGGCUGAAGAUCCGAGGUUCUCUGAAGAGCUGGACUAAGCUGUGGUGCGAGCUCAAGCCCGGCGUGCUGCUGCUGUACAAGAGCUCCAAGCACGGCCAGUGGGUGGGCACCGUGCUCCUCAAUGUGUGCCAGAUCAUCGAGAGGCCCUCCAAGAAGGACGGAUUCUGCUUCAAGCUCUUCCAUCCCCUGGACCAGUCCAUCUGGGCCAUCAAGGGCCCGGAAGGAGAGACGGUGGGAGCUUUAACCCAGCCCUUCCCCAGCAGCUACCUGAUCAUACGAGCCACCUCGGAGUCUGACGGCCGCUGCUGGGUGGACGCGUUGGAGCUGGCGCUGCGCUGCUCCAGUCUGCUCAAGCGGACGAUGGCGCGGGACGGCGACGACGCGGAGAAGGUCGUACAGGCCGACGGCACCCUGCUGGGGCUGCUCCGCACUGGGGCGCUGCGCGACGGCUCGCGGACGCACGAGAGCGAGGCGACGCAGACGCACCUCACGGACGCCGAGGGGGUGUCCGACAGGUCGGACAGCGACGGGGAUGAGGGAGCGCACAGCGAAGACAGCGACUCGGACACGUCGGAGAGAGCCGACGACAGCAUCAGGGGCAGCGGGCGGCUCAAGGAGACCACGUACUGCCAGCAGACUGAUGAAGAGCUGGGUCCGGUGGGGGAACUGUCGCAGAUGGAGGAGGUCUCGGAGGAGCACAAGGGUCUCAUCUGGGGUCUCAUCAAGCAGCUGCGGCCAGGCAUGGACCUGUCGCGCGUGGUGUUGCCCACCUUCGUGCUGGAGCCGAGGUCUUUUCUGGACAAGCUCUCCGACUACUACUACCACGCCGACCUGCUCUCGCAAGCGGCAUUGGAGGAGAAUGCCUACGGCCGCAUGAAACAGGUGGUACAGUGGUAUCUCUCCGGCUUCUACAAAAAACCACAGGGACCAAAGAAGCCUUACAACCCAAUUCUUGGAGAAACUUUCCGAUGCAUGUGGUACCAUCCCUCCACCGACAGCAAGACCUACUACAUCGCUGAGCAGGUGUCUCAUCAUCCUCCCGUUUCCGCAAUAUACGUCAGCAACCGGAAGGAUGGCUUCUGUAUCAGCGCCACCGUGUUCGCCCGAUCAAAGUUUUACGGAAACUCGCUGUCGGCGAUCCUCGACGGCACGGUCCGCCUGACGUUGCUGGAGCGAGGGGAGGAGUACGUCAUCACCAUGCCCUACGCCCACUGCAAAGGCAUUCUGUAUGGGACCAUGACACUGGAGCUUGGUGGAAAGAUUGGAAUUGAGUGCCAGAAGACCGGCUACAGCGCCAGCAUUGAGUUCAAGCUCAGGCCCCUGCUUGGUGGAAAUGACUGCGUGAAUCAGAUUUCUGGAAAAAUCCAACUCGGCAAGGAAGUCCUCUGCACCCUGGAAGGCCACUGGGACCGAGAGGUGUUCAUCCAGGACCACAAGACGGGGGCCUCGGAGGAGUUCUGGAAUCCGGACGCCGAGGUCAGGGCACGCAGGCUGACGAGGCACCUGGUGCACCUGCAGGAGCAGGGCGACUACGAGUCGGAGAAGCUGUGGCAGCACGUCACGACGGCGAUCUCACAGCGGGAGCAGCACGAGGCGACGCAGCAGAAGUUCCUGCUGGAGGAGGCCCAGAGGGAGGGGGCUCGCGAGCGCGCCGAGCAGCAGGAGGAGUGGACGCCGUGCUUCUUUGAGUUGGAGCCCCUCGCGGGAGAGUGGCAGUACAAAUACGCAGACCUCCGCCCAUGGGACCCUCUCAACGACAUCGCGCAGUACGAGCAGGGCGGCGUGAUCCGGACCCACGUGCGGCACGACUCCAGCGUGGUGCGCUGCGCCAGCGCCCUGGGCCUCAGUCCGAGCGCCGCCCGCUCCUUUCUGCAGCGCCGCCGGAGAUCAUCCAAAGACGAGAAGAGGAGCGGGCGACGUGACCAGGAGAGCCGGGCAUCGACACCCGACCUCGAUCACCGCGACUCCUCCGACAUGGACGAACCAAGAUGCCACACUAAAAUGGGCAGAGGGGACAUGCAGGAAAUCUUCACUGUGUUGAAAUCCAUCAGAAAAACACAGGAUGACAUCUGCAGCAAGGUGAAGGAACUCGUCCGGCAGACCUCGGUGCCAAAGGCCGCCAAGGAAAGGCGGCCGUCCAAUCGCGAGUGGCUGCUCCUGUGCGUGCUGGUGAUCUGCCAAGCGCUGCUCGCCUACGUCCUCAAAUAGAGGCUGCCUCGGGAUCUCACCCCUCUAGGCCAAUGGACUGUGCUCACAUUGUGGGACACUGAUGAUGGGUAGGUGGGAUUGGCGGUGGGGGGGGGGGGAGAAAGGCCAUUUCCCAGAGGCGGGUUGGGCACAGGGAUAUCCGAAUACUACUGUGUAGGUUCCACGGUUGCGCUGCAUGGCUCUGCGAUGUGUUUUUCGGGUUGCACCGCGCGCUGUUGGGCACGAUGGCCGGCGUUUUGCUCCGCGUGUUUGGAGCUUCUUCAAGUCAUCCGGAGGAUCUCCCCGAAAACACGUCGGAGAGUGAUUGGAUAUUCCAAGUUUUAACUCCGAAAUACUCACGGGGCAUUUACACUUACAAGCCACACGUAGCAUAUCUAACCCAACGUUAAUUUAAAUUAAAUUGUGCUUGACCAAUCCUGUAAUGAUUUAUUGAAUAGAAGAGAGCACGGUUUGAGCCCUAUCAUGGGCAAUCCACUUCUCCGAGCCAAAACAUCCUACUACUACCACCACUACGACAUAAUUAUUUUCACAGAUUAUCUCUAACGGAUAUCUUGUCCAACAAAAGUACUUAUUAUUAGCUAAACCCAUUCAGUUUCAAGACUAUAUAUUUAUUAUUUGAUGAGGGUGAGCAACAAUUGAGCUGAUACCCCGGUUUACGCGGGGGAUGCAUUCCUGAAAGGCGCGAGGAGGAAUAUCGAAAGGACGUCAAUCAAAGCGACUUGCAGGGUAGGUGGUGGAGGCGGAUGCCGAGAGGCGACGGACAGCGAGAAAGGACGGACGAUGCCGUCAGCGACGUGAGUGUGUGGGGUUGAGGCGACGCAAAUCGGAUGGCGGAGUUGAUAAUAAAGUGACGUAUUUGCGAAACAAAGUGUAACAAAAGGAGACGUAAAUCGCGGUAUUACCGUAACCUCAUAUUUAACCACCACUGCGCACAUGCAUGUAUACGUGUAUGUGUCAAGGUACAUGUGCAUGGAUGUAUAUAUGCAUGUAUGUAUGUGUGUAUAUGAAUAUAUAUGUGGGUUAUCCACGUAUGGAUUCUUCCAAAUUCGACGAGUCGGCAUGCAUUCAGUCGCGAGUCAAGUCAAAGAAUGGGUUAUUGUUGUCCGUGUGGCAUCGCGAAUGUCUGCAGGAGGCAUAGGAACCAAAUGCAUACAACAUACGUGAGCAUGAGACUGAGAUUGUAAUUGAACUGAUGCAUCGUUCUACACCAAGUGCGUGUGCAAGGAUGGUGCAUGUGUAUUCGUGUGUACAUGUAUCUACAUGUAUUAUACGAGUGCAUUUAUAGCGCGGGUUUGUAGCAGAGUGGUUAUCGCACUGCGCUACAAAAGCCUAAAAAUCGGAGUUUAAUCCCCGGCCACGGAUAACGCCAGUGGCGAAUACUUUAACCUGUCCAGAGUCUCCCCUGGGUCAACUCAACCUUAAAUGAGCACCUGGUGUAGAGUGAAAAUCAGCACCUGAGCAGACAAAGGCUGCCAGCUGUCGUGCCGGCCUUAUUUGAAUGUAUCUAUUUGUAGUUAUGUAUCUACACCUAUGUGUGCAUCAGUAUUUAUGUAUCUACAUGUAAACACGUGAAUACUUAAGACUUGGCUGUAUAUGGAUGUGUAUAUAUACAUGUACAUAUAUGUAUGCGAAGGAAAUGUUGACCUCUUUCAUUUAAAUUCAACUAUAGACCCUCUCGCAGUUCUACACCCACAAUACUGAGUAGAGGAGUUUCAACAGCGUGCAAUGACGUGAACCGUGUUCGUACAACAAAGCUCUUGCAGCGCAACGGGCUCGUCGCACCAGGGGGGUCGGAUGCGCCCGGAACGUCGGACGCGCCAGACUCGGCGUCUGCUCGCGGGGGAUCAAGGGUGAGAGUUCAGGGGGCCUUGGGGGGUGGGGGUGCUCUUUCCCCACGGGUGCUCUGGCGGUACAUCUGGCAGAAACAUCAGCUGCAAGCCCCAAUGGUUCUCGUGCUCCCGCUCCGGUCCGCCACCGAAGAGCGCUUGGCUCGCGACGGCGCACCGGCAAUGCCUCGCUGGCAGACGCCCAUCACCGGCUCUGCGCGGUGUCACCGGGGGCUUGUUCGGGACGCUGGGUGUCACACUGCAGGUUGGCGUUGCGACCCGGCAAUAUACCGACGGGCUCACUCACCGCCCCGAGACGCCAUCCAGCCGGCGUUGCGCGGUGCGCCUCGCUGCGCUCGCUCAGACGCCCACGGUCGCGCGUUGCUAACCCCCACCAAACCGAGGUCCUAACCCGCCCUCUUGUCUACGGCCUCAAAACACUCACACGAGUCUUCCCGCGAGUGCUUUGUGGUGGUUUCCCACGAUGGCACACUGCGUGUAACCCACAAUGCACUCCUACUCUCGGCGGCCCCUGCGCCACCUUUGAUAGUUGAUCUCGUUAAGAGACGCUAUCCCGGGCCCUUCUCCCCUGCCGCAUCACCUGUCCUACGCAAGGCAGUGCCUAUGGCUUUGACGUACACGCGCGCGUAAUUCUACGGGCUGUGUCCUCUGUGGUGUCCCACAGCACACGCACACACACUCAAUCCCAUGCCAGUUAUUACUGCGCCCUCGGUCAACACAAACACACGGUCCACCUCCUCGUCCACCCCGUAACGCGUGACCCAUAAAGCACCGGCAAAACCGGUCACUUUGGAGGAAACUGGUCGAUGGAUUUAUCAUCAUCUCCCUGCAAUCCAACAUCACCAAAGUUACACGUGUACACUGUCCUGUAUUGCUGACCAGAUGAGAAGCUCUCUUGCCACAGGGCUGGUCCGUUAUAGUUAAACCUGUGUGGCUGAUUGGGAUGACCCUAUAAGACAAAGUUCCACAUUAUUGUCCUGGACAGAAUUUGGGAGCCAAAGGCCGAGUUUGCGUCCAGUCGGUGAGUGAUAAUAUUUGCAAACAACGUCGGCUCUGCUGAGGACAGGUAAAGAGCCCAUAUAGUCUCCUGAAGGUACUUCCACUUCAUGUGAAGCUAUCCUGCUGGUUCACGAAUGCAGGUGCAGCUCUUCAGCCUCUGUUUUCCCUCCACGAGUAUUCGGGUCUGAGGUGUAAGAGAAAGGAGCCGGGCAUCUGGGGGGGGGGGGGGGGGGGGGGGGGGGUUGAUUGACACAGGAGCUCCUCUAUACGUGCUCCAGCAUUGUCUUUACGCAUUGUCCAUCCCAGGUGGUCCAGUGCAGCCACUGCUUGCAUCUCGUUUGAAUCAAUUAUCAAAACGUUGGUUUUGAUAAAAACGAGAUUUUUUGACAGUGGAUCCUUCCAAAUAUAUAUACAAAUUGUCAGCAGGACUGUGGCACAAACAUUUUGGAGCAAGGUGCGUUGCGAUUUAGCCUCUCCCAUGAGGUUGAGAAGACAACCUUUUGAUGUAAUGGGUAAUCUAUGUUCUACGCGCAUAAAGAGGAAACAAAUUGGCGACACAAGCUUUCUUGUGCUAUAUCAAAACAAAACAAUUGAAUGUUACAGCAUACAGGUUCUUAGCAAUAUAUAAUCACCGUUUCUAUUGUCACGCUUGGUUUUAAAUGAUUUGAUGUAGCCGCUAAGUACGUGUGGCAGAAUUAAUCACCCAACUCCAUCGCCGUGACAAUCCCCCGCCGAAUGAUCACGAUGCAAGGUCUCUAAUUCAAUAACGUUCUUGUCUUAAGACUUUUGAUUUAAAACUUUCGUGACUGCAGGGAUUCAUAUUCUUGGUUCUUUCGGUAAAGUCACGUAGAAGGGAAACAAUAAAAUAAUAAAAAUAUAAAAUAAAAUUCUCACGUUUCGACUGCAACACAAGCAAUCAUCAUCGAAACAUCGUGACAAUUUUAUUGUUUUAUAUUUUUAUUAUAUUAGUGUUUCCCUUCUACGUGACUUUACUGUCUUAAGACUGUUGUGAAUAAUAACACCAUUCGUGGAUAAAAUAAUCGCGUGAUCUCACUACCAUAUUUCAUUUACACAUGGAGCGAAGAACAUGUAUUCUUAGGCACGUGAUUUGGUGCACCUAUACCGUGAGCCAAAGAAUCAAUGAUAACCGAUGAAUCGAUGCAUUGUUCGACCCGGAGUAAGUGCUAUUAAUGUUUCAUCUUGUACAGGUUACUAUUGAACUUAAGCCUCUUUUUUCGUUUGCAUAUAUUGUGGGGGUGGGGGGGGACGGACCUCUACCACAUUCAACUCUCUGUGUAAUGGCUUCAAUCUACUGGCGAUUUGGGUCAAAUAAGUCAAGUAAAAGGGUCUCUCUCCCUGCUCAUAAUGAGCAAUGAGGACCGAGCUGAUCUCCACCGAGCCAUUGGUGGAACCUCCACACACAACUCCUUUGAUGGAGGUUGUUCUCUCUGCAUGAGGGUCUGGUAACUUCUAUGGGGAUCCUCCAUUGUCUUGGCUGCUCGUGUGUACAUCCACUGUUGACAAUUCCAUUUCUGUAUCUCAGUACACACAGGGUCAGACAGGAUAUCAACAAGGUGGAAAAGUAUACACCCGCCGGCGAUCAAAUAAAUUGUCGCGAUUCGUUUACCAUUGAGGCUAAUGUGAAAUCAUUACGUACAACAUACACAUGAAAAACACUCUUACAUAUGUAUUGUGAGAUUAUUAAUCGAUAUCAAUCAAUACAUGACACCGCGAACAUCAACGCACGUCCUUGCCUCUAUGCCACACAGAUGUUGACUUUUUUUCAUGACAAAACAUGGAGAAUGAUUGAUGAACGAGAGUUUGUGACCGUAAACAUGUUGACUCGUGAUGCGGAUAUUCUUGGGUGCAAAUGAUUCACAAUUACAUUCGAUUGAUAACGAUGUCACACAUUCAUCACAAAUUGAGCCAACGAAGAACAUUUCGUCCAAUUUGAAAUGCAGAUUAAAACAUAUAGAAUCCACGUUAAGAGCUCAACAUGCACCUUUUUCAUUUUGCCCAGUUUUGCCUCGGGAAUCUAUGCUCGGCUCAGAUUCCCCACGGCAACCUGAACAGACCAGCCUGAUUCUUCUGCUUGUUUUCAAACAAGGAGGACCCGGUUGAACACGUAGACUUGAGUACCAGGUUUAUUCUCCUAACACACCAUGUGGUUCUGAAGUAGUAACUCUUUGUCUCCUUUUUGUUUUACGUGACAAAUCUUAAUUGGCUGUCGAGCGGUGGUGGUGGGUUAAUGACACAUUUAUAUGAGAAUUGGUUUUCCCCUUUGUCCUGGAAACAAAACAGGUGUUAAGAUGUUAAAACACCAAACUGAAACCUUUUACCAACGAAUCAUGUCUGCAUUAACCACAAUACUUGUGGUCAGAAUGCAAACAAAAAACGUACUCUGAUAAUAUAUGCAUUGUCUUUGAAAAUGAUUGGUCCACACCAGAGACGGCUUUCUUUUGAGCCAAGUUUUAAAACAGUGUUCGACCAGAGGACGCGAUCUAACCCAAAAAAAAACGUUAUUAUGAAGCGACCAAGCAUUGGGCCACGAUUCCAACCACGUGUAGAGUCAUGGGGUCAACGGUCGGGGAUGGGUGCAGUCAAAAGGGUGCCUCACUUGGGUCAAAUUCAGUGCCAAUGUCUUUGUAACAACAACAACAAAAACAUAUUUGACUGACAGCAGUGGAGGAUAGGAAAAGGCAGAAGGGGUGGUAGGCGAUGAAGGGUGAAGAGGAAAGGGACUAGUCCACAAAUGCCAAGCACCGUCGAGCAUCGGGACCCAUCCUGAAAUGGCCCAGGACCGUCUCGGGAGCCGAGGAGCUCACUUGCCCAGUGGUAGCCCAGGGUAAGUGCACACUCCACCGGUUGGCACGCGAACGCAACCGGACGCACCUGCAUCGGAAAGCACGGGAAACCCGCGUUGGAUUUCACUUCGUGUCGAGCUUGGAUUAAGACGUUGACGAUCAUUACAGCUCAACAGGGCUGAAAUUAGGUGAUUAAUAAUCAAAAUUCCUAUAGUUUUCCUCGUUUUGGAAAUCACUCCACCAACUCUGGCACAUGACAAAAUGUAACUUCUGUACUUUCCAUGUUUUCUCGUAUUUCUUACUUGGCUUCUUUUUAGCACCGCACGUAUCGUAUGGAUCACUGCAAGCAGGUAAACACGAAGCCAAAGGCUCCAACUGUCGAAAUGCUGCUCACAACAAGAAACCAUUCACCCAAGCCACCAGCUUGCUGAUGCAAGCAUUAGUCUUCCGAUCUGUUCACGUGUAUUGAUCCGUGUCCAUUAUAACAGCGUUAGCGUCGUUAUCACCGUAUCCGUGAGCUUGUAAGUGCACAUGUUUGCUUCUCGGGGCUUUAGCAACUAAACUGUAUGUUUUGUUAUAAUGUAAGUGGCGUGAAAAGUUUUGUAAGGAUUCCAGCUUGCGUUUACAUGUGUCAAAUGUAGUCCAUAAACUGAUUUUAUUUUGUUGGAUAAGCCUUGAUUUAGAAACUCACAGCCCUGUCUAUGAGUGGAAAGCAGUGUCCGCUGUUCAGAGGUAAAACUAAAAUAAAACAGCAAUCUAAACUCAACAUAUUCAGAAGUUAAAAAAAUGGCAAUUGAGAGAAGCUGUCAAUUCCUCGACAAUGCACCAAAUUUCCAGAAUGGCACACUCAAUGCACUGAAUAUACUUGCAAGCCAGAGCAGCAUACAUCAAUAUUUGUGCGACUGUUGACUUGCGCUUUCGAUCACUGAAAUGUGAUUAAGGUUUUUGGUUACAUUCACAUCAUUUGCAACCCUACGAGGUUUCCAAAGUUAACCCUACACAAUGUUUACAUUACAUUUUGGGCGAGAUUUCCAUCGGAAAUGGACAAUGUUAAACACAAGGUUGGAUUGUAUGUUAAAAUACACAUAACAGCAUUUUUCGUGUUUUAGACGUUUUAUCUCAAUACUUACCCAACUAUGUCAAUUUAGGUAAUUCCAUGGAUGUGGCUGGAAGGUGGGGAAAGAUGUAUUUGUUUGCAAUAAUGUGGCAGUGAUUUGACAUGUACUGUUGUAGCGGAACAUGUUUGCACAAAUAUAAUGUGUUUACACAAAA